AUGUCAUUGACCUUGAAUGAAUUUAUCAAAAAAUUAAAAGCUAAAGAAUUCAAAAAAAUAACAAUUGCAGCAGGUGCAGGUAUAAGUGUUGCUGCUGGACUAAGUGAUUAUAGAAGUAAGGAUACAGGAUUAUAUGAUUAACUAAAAAAAUUUAAUUUAAGCAAUCCAGAAUAGGUUUAUGAUAUUAAUGUUUUUAGAAAGAAUCCAUAAUUAUAUUAUUCAGUAUGCAAAGAAUUUGGAACACAUAAUUUAAAUUUACAACCAACUUUAGCUCAUUAAUUUAUUUAUCAUUUAGAUAGAAAUGAUUAAUUAUUAAAUUGUUUCACUUAAAAUAUUGACGGUUUAGAAUUAGUUGCAGGAAUUAGAGAAUCUAAAGUGAUAUAAGUUCAUGGACAUAGAAGAACUGCAAGUUGUAUAGAUUGUAAGAAAACUUAUUGUGUAAAAACCUUUUAUUAAAAUGUUGAUAAAAAUGAGAUAAUGAAAUGCGUUGAUUGCAAUGGUUUGAUUAAACCUGAUGUAGUAUUUUUUGGAUAGUCACUUCCAUAACUAUAUUUUCAAAAAUUGCCAGAAAUUUAAUUGAGUGAUUUAGUUAUUAUUAUGGGAACUAGUCUUUAAGUUUAACCAUUUUCAAAUAUGAUUUAUAGGAUAAAUGAAAAUGUUCCAAUAGUUUUAAUAAAUAAAGAAACUAAUUUGAAAAGAUUGGACCCUAUUAAUAAUAAAUUGUUAAUAAAAGGCGAUAUUUAGGAUAUAAUAUCCUCAAUCAUGAAAUAAUUGUGA